UUUGCGGCCCGUAGCUCUGCGACGCCGCAAACAAAAUGGCUCUGAUUUUUGCAGACUAAAAAAAGUUUUAGUUUUGGCCAUAUUUUCGAUGCCGCAGUGGGCUAGAAACCGAUGCAAAAGGACCCAGUGAGGUUUGUGCAACUGCAGCAUCUGUGAAGAUGGAACCUGGUGUGCGCAACGUCACAGAAGAGCUCUACCAAGUGAAAAACCAGACAGCCGUCGUUAUUGCCAAUUGUGGCAUAUAGGAUACGAAAACUAGUUCUCACGCACACGCACCCACACAUUGAAGAGCCACUGAAGACGCGAACUGUCGCAGAAAAGCCUCUUCCCUGUCCAAAAAUGGAGGGCAUGGAUCUGUGGACGUCGAUGUUUUCCUCCGACUUCGAUGAGGGUGAGCCGGAGAGCGGGGUGGCGGAACUGGAGGACAGCGAGCAGUACGGAAAUGGCAAUGAUGACUUUCUAGGCGAUACGGAGAUCCUGGAUUCUGGAGAUGCCAUCGAUGAUCUGCUGGAUGGCGAGGAUGAAGAGAGGGAAGAGGAGGAUGACUACGAAAAGAACUCCAAGGGGCCGAAGCCACCAGAUCCCGACGACGAUGCGCUCUUUGAUUUCAAUAUGGAACCCAUUGUAGAUAUAGCAGAGCCGCAGCAUCCAUCGUUGGCUCCGGCUGGACCCAUGGGCCACCAAGUGCGACCCCCAAUGCAGCGACACUCCUUCCCCGGAACUGUGGGUCGACCCAGAUUGGGUCCCGGACAGUCUGUACGACCCACCACCUCGCAAAUCAAUGCGACGGACGAAAACGGAGUGCCAAUUAACUACGAGUUGGGCGUAGUGUACAUAUGCCCCGCCUGCGGUGGAGAGUUCAGGCAACAGGACCACUGGAAGCGGCACAUGAACCACAUCCACAAGUACAACACCCUGCGUGGCCUGAACUUUACGCCGCUGGACAAGCUCUAUCAGCGGUGCAGGGAGUGCAAUAAGCGGAUUGCCAUGCACAGCCGGGAGAACCUGCUUAAGCAUAAGUUCACGCACCUGCCCUUCAGGUGCACCAAGUGCUACAUCUGCAAGCGGGAGUACAAAUACAGGCAAGAUCUAAUGGUUCAUCUCCGCAUGGUCCAUUGCGAUGAAGUGGUGGCCAUGAUGCGUGAGGGUUACAAUGCGGCCGGACGAAAGACACGGGUUCGAGAAUCCCGCACCGAGCAGCUGCUGCGGGAGAAGAGCUUCCGUGAGAAUAAUGACCUUGGCGAGGAUUCUGAUCGCAUAGAGGUGCGGAAUGAGCUCCUAGAACCGGAUGCCGAUGAGUCUGGCACCCAGGAGCAGCCCGUGUCGGAAGAGGUUUCCAAGAAAAAGGCUGGCAGUCGAGGAGCCGCCGAACUGUGCGAGGAUUACAUACACUACAUGUGUCCAGACUGCGGCACCGAGUGCGACACCCACGCCCAAUGGAGCCAGCACAUCGAGUUCGUCCACGACUACGUCAGCCGAAGGGGACUUAAUUUCCGGAGCGUGGACAUGCAAAUGCAGUGCCUCGAGUGCAAAAAGAUUGUGACUCCCAAUACCAUUAAAUCACUGCGCGCUCACAAAUUUAGCCAUUUGUCGCAGCCCGAGUGGCUGCGUUGUAAACUCUGCUACCAGGGUUACACGGAUCAUCAGGAAAUAAUCAGACAUCUGCUGCAGCAGCAUCAUAUGGAUACGCUUAUGUCGGAGGACGCCGAGGAGGAGGAGGGUGAUGCUCCAUUGGCCAUAGUGGCGGAUGAUGAAUGCGUCGAGGACAAUGGAAACGGCGAGGGAAAUGGCGCCCCCUUGGACGAGGAUUCACCAUACUUUGAGGACGCACCCAGACGCGGCGGUCGCAUCAGCAGCGACGACAUUUUCGAGCCACACAUCGACUACCUCUGUCCGCAGUGCGGCAAAGAAUUCAUCGAGAAGAAGCACUGGCGCACCCACGUGGUCAUGGCGCACAGCAUGAACGAUCUGAGCAAGCUAAAUUUUGAGAUGAUAAACGAACGGCAGCUUAAGUGCACUGAGUGCGAUAAGAUCAUAACCAAUGCGUAUGGAAUACAGAAUGCCCAGCAACACAGGAUCACACAUCUUCCAUUCAAAGCCUAUGCCAGGUGUCGCAAGUGCCAUAAGUCCUACACGGACCGGAAGGGUCUCGUUAAGCAUCUGGCUACCCAUCAUCGCGUUGGUUGGCCACGAAAGCACUCGGGAGGAUGCGCAGCUCCAAUUCCCACACCCACCAAGCAACCACGCAAACAGAUAGUGACGGUGGCCAAUGAAACGUACGAGAUAAUCUAUCUGGAUGACGUAGACCAAGGUGGAAUGGAGGAGGAUAACGACUUUGGCGAACAGAUGCAGGCGGACGAGGAAGAAUACCCAAUUGCGCCGCCUCCACCACCGCCACCGCCACAGCCAACAUCUCAAGGAAACCAUCAACGCUACAAGUGCGUCCACUGUGGCACACUCUUCGCCACCCAGGCGGCCGUCCGUGUUCAUAUAAGCGAAAAACGGUGCAGGAAGACAGUGGUCAGAAGGCGGCGGCAGCCAGUGAUGAACUCUGCGGAUCCAUCCGCACCCACCGUAGAACAAAAUUACAUCUUCUUGUGCCCAUCCUGCGGAUUUGAGUACAAGACUCAGUUCGAGUGGCGCCGUCACAUCAAUGAGGUGCACAAUUUUGACAAGCGCCAAUAUCUAAACAUGCGGCAGUUGGAUAAGUAUCGCUACCAAUGCACCCAGUGCAAGGACAUUGUGUGCAAUUCAAAGCUGAAGGGCUUGCAGGACCAUCACUUCCGCCACCUGCCCUAUAGACUGUACCUCAAGUGCCUGAUCUGCGGCACCUGCUACAAUCAUAAGCCGAAUAUAGCGGCACAUUUGAGAGCCCGUCACAGCAUCUAUGAUAGGGAGACACCGGCGAUGAUCACAAAACCCAAACAAGUGCUCGGCCGUCACAAGGAUAACAGUAGGGAGAACCCCAAAUUGCCCUCUCCUCCUCCGGCUCCGGCACUGGCACUGGCACCGGCACCGCCCUCACCACCUGCAUGUUCCUCCUCUGCUGCUUCGUCGGCGAGUAGUCGUUCCCUGAAACCGCAGCCCGGUGGAUUGCCAGCCCGUCCAGCUGGUCUCAACACGCUGGAGGACAGCAUCUCGUACCACAAUGCCGUCGACCUGGACUUCAUCACGUACUUUUGCCCCAAGUGCAAUCAGAACUUUGACUCUCAUGCAUUCUGGCGCAAACAUAUCGUGGAGCAGCACAACUUUAACAGUCGUGAAGGCCUGAACUUUCGGCAGAUCGACAACCAUCACUACCUGUGCCUCGAGUGCUACAAACGGGUGACCGUGACGCACACCAAGGGUGCCAUCGGACAGCUACAGUCGCACAAGUUCCGCCACCUUCCCCACAGAUCCUUCAAGUGCUUGACUUGCGACGGUGAGUUUGUGCGCAAGCAAAUGUUCUUCAAGCACCUGAACCGAGACACUAACCGGUGUGACAAUCGUCCGCACCGGGAAUUCGAUGACGAUGAGCCCGACCACGACUCGCUAUUAAGCGGCAUCUACCAUCUUACGUGUCCCCAAUGUGGUGACAGCUUCAAAACUCACAACAAAAAGGAGUGGCGCGAGCACAUCAACGACCACCAUGGCUUGACAAAGCUGGAGCUUCUGCACAUGAGCAAAGUGAGUGAGGACGUCUAUCGCUGCCAGGACUGUGAUGAGGAGCUGGAGACGAAUCGACAGUGGGUGCUACAGUUCCAUCGAAUCCAGCACCUGCCCCACGCGGCCUACAUCCGAUGUAAACUGUGCAAGCAGAGCAGUGAAGACGGUGCUGCAGCGGUGGCUGAGUUGCACAGCCUCCGUGAGCUGCAGCAGCACAUUCGUAAGCACCAUCCGAGUUUGGGAGAUGCCGAGAUGAUAUCGCUCAUCGAGCAGAUAAUCCAGGAGGAGAAGGAGCAGGAGGAGGGCACGGAGCAAACUAAUGACGGUGAAAACCAUACUGGUCAGGAUUCAGGACCGUAUAUGCCGUUGCCGCCACAUCUAUUGGACGACGAUGGCGACGUGGAAUUUGAAGAUCAGUAUCUGCUCGGCUAGUAUUAACAAAUACGAGUUUUUCGAUUUAUUUGAAAAAAGAUCGUAGUGGCAGAAUGUAAUCUUUCGACCAUACCAUGCAAAUCUGUUUUAUUUUAAAAAGAAACCAAGAGCUGUCAAAAACGUUGCUUAACUUUCCUAGCUCGAUAUAUUUGCAUAUUGUGUUAUGCAGUGUUUAUUUUUAAAACUGUGGAAAUGUAUUUCCCUUUUAAAUUCUGUGUUAGUUUAGUGUUUUAUCUAAAAGUCGAAAGCUCUGCGAAUCGAACAAAUAUUACGUUUUGCCACGAAGACCAAACCGUUUUUUAUGACCCAAGUCGAAAUAACCUAAUUCACUUCCCUAACACAUGUACUUCCAGUGGCAAAGAGAUUCUGGUAGUCGCCGUAAUGGGCUGCCCGUUCACUUUCAAGAGAUUAAUUAGAGUAUUCGUAUAGUUUAUCCAUAGACACCGCCUAAAUCUUAUAUGGACUCUUAGCUGUAGUUAAUAUCUAGGCUACUCUCUAAAUUACUAACUGUAAGUACGCAAGCUAUUUAUUUUCGAUAUAAUCUCAAUGAACCGUAACUGAUAUUAUCAAAAUUAUAAUAAACAAAUUAUAAAUAUAUUUUCAACACCGCUGUUUCAGCUAAUAAGAAAUUAUUCUCGAUGAAGUGGUUAUGCCCUGUUUAAUUAAUGUUAAUAAAUAAGACAUUUAAUUUAGCAACCAGUUCAAAUGAAA